GAAACCGGUUUAAUCCGGUUCAGUGUGUAUAGGGUAAUGUUUGAUGGUGUUUUCUGAAUAAAUUAUACCAUUAGAAAGAAAAAAAAUUGACGCUUUGUAAAUAGCCUUCCCUCCAACGGCCAAUAUAAAGGGAACACCGCCACAGAGCCAAGGCUCUCUCAGUCUCGAGAACUAACGAAAGAUUCCCCCCAAAGAUCACAAGAACUAACAGAAUCUUCCACAAAAAGCUACAGUUACUGAAGAAUCUCAUCAAUCGCUUACUCGGAGUAGCCAUGGCGAAGCAAAAGUUGAUCGUCGGAUCUUUGGCGAGCUUCACGUCGAAGAGAACCGGAGCGUUCUUUCAGGGAACGGUUUACUUUUACCGUCAAGAGGAUGCUAGUUUCGGGAUCGAUUGUGUAUUGCGUGCGGAUGUGUCUGGACGUCCUGGUUUUGUUGAAGGCUGUUACCAAUUUCUUACGAGUGACAUUGAGGACCUGAGGGUUGUUCCCUUUGAGCCAAAUUCUACCAUCAACGACACUGAAGAUGAUGAUCAGAAAAAUAAAUCCGGUGAUGCAUUAUCAUCAUCCACUGUAACUUCAACUUCAAAAUGUGUGACGAGUGAUGGAACGUAUCACUGCAUCAAUGCUGAGAUUCUUCAGAAGCUUACUGAUUAUAUGUUCUUGGAGAAGCUUCUUCGUUCUGAGAGCAAAGACGAUGCUUUAGUAGCAUUUCAGAUCGUUUUCCUUCGUCUCUCGAGUGUUAUAGACCGCCUUCCAGCUCCCAAGAUCAAGACCGGUCUCAUAGAAGCAGCCGCUGAAACCUCCUUUCUUCAGAUGCCACCUGAUAUCACUUUACAGAUCCUCGCCAGAAUACCGAAAUACCAUUACCCUAUCGUCUCUUGUGUCGCAAAGGAUUUACAUAAUCUUCUUAAGUCGCGUGAGUUACACAAUGUCAGGCGUCAGUUAGACAAAGAAUACAUUUUCCUCUGUUUUACUAUUGCACCAACUGUGAGUGGAAACUCUACCAAAGCCUGGUUUACUCUGCGCAAGCACAAUGAUAAGUCGACUAAAGAUGUAUUCGUCCCAGCAUUUGGUCUACCUACUGAUGAAGGAUUGUCAUUUGGAAAUAUAUUUGCACUUGGUUCAGAUAUUGUGUUGGUUGAGAAAAAAAAGAUUAGGGUCUUGAUAUAUGACAGCCGGUCUUCAACUCUUCGCCAAACUCCUAACAUUCCGGUGGACCUAAACUACCGAAACUCGGGGCUAGUAGGCCACAAGCUGUACGUUUUUGGAACCCCAUCAACAGCUCAAUGUAUGAGUGAACGCUAUAAGGUUCAACUGAUCACGUUCGACUUUAAGUCCCAAACAUGGGAUAGGCCAUACCCAACAAAAAUGAGGCAGUCAUAUUCGACUGCAACAGUGGAUAAGAACAUCUACUUGAUCAGAGGACUGGAUAGUGUAUACUACCACACUAGAGAAGGUACUUGCUUUCCUUUUGAUUUGCCUUAGAGAGAGGAUAAUAUGAAAUUGCAUACUGGAAUGUGUGUGAUUGAAAACACAUUAUAUUGUUACGACGUUCAUCACGGGGUGUGUUGGUAUGACACAAAGAUUAAGAAGUGGAUAGAGGUUUCUGGGAUGACACUCAAUAAAGUUAGAUACUUCUGCGGAGAGUUGGCGCUUGGGAAGUCUGUUGAUGACACUGCAAUGAAGGAAUACUAUGGAAAGUUGGCGCUUUUGUGGACAAAGAGGGAUGAUGCUCGUGAUGACACAGUGGAGGUUUGGUGUACCAUGAUCGCUCUAGAAAGGACUGAAACAGAGAUUCAUGGAGAAGUGGAGCAGUUUAAACGUUUGGGGACUCUACCUAGGUUGUAUGAUUUGGCUCAUUGUGUCUCAGUUAUGAUAUAGUUAAUAUCAUGAUUGAAAGAGAGAUUCAUGGAGAAGUGGACUAGUUUAAAUGGUAUUCGUUGGCUCGUUGACAUUGUGUCUCAGUUUUUGGUUACUUGAUAUCAUGACAUGAAUGUGUUUCAUGUUGUUUGAAUACUUUUUUCAUUCCCUUGGUUAUUUUCUAGCUUUACUGAUUGUUGUAAUUGUAAAAAAGUCUUUUCUUUUUUUACCUCUGUUUGUUGCGGCUAUUGGACAAUUUGAAUGUCAUAAUC